UUUACGGACGUUCAGAAAAUUGACAUCACAGCCGCAGGAACAUAUAAAUAACCAGCACACUGCAUGUCUGGUCAACUGCAGCAACGUCUCUGAAGAGCAUUCUACAGGCUCAGCUCCUCCAAAGGCACAGCAGAAACUGGAUUUUGUAAAGUACACCAAGAAGCUCCUUUUUAUAAAACAGUUUUGAGAACAUCCACAAGCUUUUUCCUCUGCCUUCAGUUGCGUUUGCCAUUUCUUUAAAGAAGCAUGUGCACGGGAGGUUGUGCCAAGUGCCUGGGAGCCACUCUUAUCCCUCUGGCUGUGCUAUGUACCCUCGCUAACAUUCUGUUGUUUUUCCCUGGAGGAACAGUCGUUGAAAACACUGAAAACAUUACAGAUGAGGUUUGGUGGUUCGGAGGGAUCUUGGGAUCUGGCAUAUUGAUGAUCUUUCCUGCCUUGGUAUUUUUGGGCCUUAAGAAUAAUGAUUGCUGUGGCUGCUGUGGUAAUGAGAGCUGUGGGAAGAGGUUUGCGAUGUUUUCUUCUAUAAUAUUCGCUGCAGUUGGAGUUCUGGGAGCUGGAUACUGCUUUGUUGUGUCAGCAGUAGCCAUAAACAAAGGCCCUAAAUGCAACACUGGAGACGAAUGGACCUAUCCUUUCCAGAAUGGGGAACACCUCACAAACCACACACUGUGGGACAAGUGUCAGUCACCCGAAAACAUCGUCCUAUGGAACCUGACACUCUUCUCCUUGCUGCUGGUCAUGAGUGGGAUCCAGGUAGUGCUCUGUGGCAUCCAGGUGGUGAACGGCCUGUUUGGAACAAUCUGUGGGGACUGCCAAUGUUGUGGAUGUUGUGGGGGAGAUGGAACCGUGUAAAGAACAUGAAUACUGCAGACAACCCUCCUUGUCUUGAGAAGCUCCCUUCUGCAGCUGUUCCAGAAAGCAGCCCUCAGAAGCACCACCACUGGCUAUGAAAAUGAGAAUGAAGGGCACUUCCCCCACAAAUGUUAUGAAGCCCUGACUCCCUUUCUAGCCUUCCUGAAACCCCUCAUCAUGGAAUAAAAUAAGUGAAAUUCAA